GGGAGGGGAAGUUGGGGGAGGAGGCGGAAGAGGAGCUGUCGGAAGGGGGAGGAGGGAGGGAGGAAAAAGAGGAGGAGGCGGAGGAGAGCUGAGCUGAGCAGAGAGCAUCGAGCCAAAGGGGAGAUGAGUUUGUCUGUCCUCGGCUGAGGCUCCGGCCGGGCCUAGGGAACGGGGAGCUCGGCUUGGAGCGACACCCGUGGAAGUGGGAGGAGGUGGCUUUGGGACUUUAACCCCCUGUGGGCUCUGCGGCAGGGGAUUUAACCCUUUGUGGAUCCGGCCCCUCGGAGUCAGCGUCAUCGGGUAGUUUUAACCCCUUCGGGGCUGGGGUUAACCCAUUGGAUUUAACCUAAUCUUCUUGCCCACCAACUUCUCGAUCGCGGGGGCGGUCUGCGGGAAGGCUUGAAGCCCACCCCCUCUGCACAUUACGUACUGUUCCUGCUGCUGCACCCCUUUGGACCCGCUAUCUGGCCGCGCUCUGGGCGCUUAACCCUUUAUUGACUUGAGCGCCCCCAAAUUGCAAUUGGAGUUUGCUGACAGAAGGACUGGCUAAAGGCAUCACUGCAGGAAUUACAGACCGAAGAGGACUGUGUUGGACAUUUUUGCAGAGAAAAGCAAACCUUUUUUUCCUUAAGGACUUACAGCCAACAUUCUUCAAACUUCGAGAAGAAGAUUCUAUUAGCAAUGGCCGAGCCACUCUUGUCAGAGUUUCAGCACCAGCCUCAAACUAGCAACUGUACAGGUGCUGUUGCUGUCCAUGAAGAACGGAACCCUGAUCGCCCCCCAGGCGCGGAGGAGCGGGUGCCGGAGGAAGACAGUAGGUGGCAAUCGAGAGCGUCCCCCCAGUCGGGUGGCUCUCCAGGGCACGGGGGGGAAGGGAGCCUGGAACCCCAGCCGUCUCCCCUUAAGACCCAGGUCUGCCCAGAAUCCAGCUGUCCGGAAGCGGGUGAGAAGGGCCAGAAUGGGGACGACUUGUCCGCUGGCGGAGCUCCCCCGCAGCAGAGACAGGUGGGCAAGAAAAAACAUAGGAGACGCCCCUCCAAGAAGAAGCGGCUUUGGAAACCGUACUAUACGCUGACCUGGGAGGAGAAGAAAAAGUUCGAUGAGAAACAGAGCCUGCGAGCUUCGAGGAUUCGAGCCGAGAUGUUCGCCAAGGGCCAGCCAGUUGCUCCCUAUAACACAACGCAGUUCCUCAUGGAUGACCACGACCAGGAGGAGCCGGAUCUUAAAACCGGCCUCUAUCCCAAACGGGCCGCUGCCAAAUCCGACGACACCAGCGAUGAGGACUUUAUGGAAGAAGCGGGCGAGGAGGAUGGGGGCAGCGACGGGAUGGGAGGAGACGGCAGCGAGUUUCUGCAGCGGGACUUCUCGGAGACCUAUGAGCGGUACCACGCGGAGAGCCUGCAGAACAUGAGCAAGCAGGAGCUCAUCAAAGAGUACCUAGAGCUGGAGAAGUGCCUCUCGCGUAUGGAGGACGAGAAUAAUCGGCUGCGGCUGGAAAGCCAGCGGCUGGACGGCGACGACGCGCGUGUGCGGGAGCUUGAGCUGGAGCUGGACCGGCUGCGCGCGGAGAACCUCCAGCUGCUGACGGAGAACGAACUGCACCGGCAGCAGGAGCGAGCGCCGCUGUCCAACUUUGGAGACUAGACUGAAACUUUUCCGGGGGAGGGGGCAAAGGGGACUUUUUACAGUGAUGGAAUGUAACAUUAUAUACAUGUGUAUAUAAGACAGUGGACCUUUUUAUGACACAUAAUCAGAAAAAUCCCCCCUGGCUUUGGUUGGUUCGGUCAAUUUAGCUAUGAUGUAGCUUGUGUGCUUUCUCCUGUUCUUUAAUUAUGUGAAACUGAAGGGUUGCUUUCCUUGUUUUCCUUUUUCGGAGUUUUUUUCUUUUUUAAUGUGUAAGUAAGUUGACCAGGUUAUAAUGCAGUUUUCUGUUAAGAAUCUCCUUAAAUGGAGUUAUAAGGUGGCCAAAUCUGAGAACCAUUAAAUUCAUUCUAGUUAUAAUAAAUAUUUGUAAAUGUAACAUAGUUUGUGUGAUUUCUAGAGCUAAUUCAAAGUAAUACUGAUUUAUGUGAUUGCAUUGGGGGGAGGGGUAAAGGAAGCAUUUAAUUUGUCCAUUUUCAAAAACAAACCUUAUUCAGUUUGCCCAGUUUUCCCUUGAAUGGGUUUUAGUGUGCUACAAUAUAUAGUUCCAGCAAAAUAUAAAGAUUUAAUUACCUUCAA